AUGGAAGCUGCUGAAGAAGGGAUUAAGGACCUUCUUGUCAUCGUAGACGUCAAGCAGCGAAGCAUGCGCUGCUUGAAGUACAGUGACGGCGCAUUAAACUUUCUCACAACACCUACAGCGGAUGAAAGUCCGUAUGGAAAAACCAACCAGUGGGCGACCUGUAUCUAUGUGAAGAAAUUUCCGAGCGGUAAAUCUCCGAGCGGUGCGCAAGCGCAAUCAUAUGAAGCCGUACCGAGUUGGUUGCUCUUUCGAGUACCCCUCUCUGACGAUUCAGAAGGGGAACAUGUCGAGAGCCCCUCUCCGACGAUUCAGAAGUUUCGUGAUCGGGCUACUGCAGAAGACCCACCCACGGUCCAACUGCCCUCGUAUUCCGAUUUGAGGAAGUAUGGGAUCGAUGAAAAACCAGUCACCGAAGUAGGGCAAGCAUCCACUGAGGUAAACCGAGGUGAGCAAGGAGCAAUGGUGGCACUGGAGGUCGACGAGCUGCCAACCCCUAAUGCCAAGAAGGAUGACGGCGACCUGCCCAGCGCUAUCUCGUCCAUCGAAAUAGCAACCACCGCGUCGCUCUCGCAAGAGGAGGAAGGACCGACUCAGAAGCAGAUCACAGGCACUAUCAGCCAGAAGCAGGCCCCCAGUUUUGAUAACAGGCGGCUUAGCAGCGACGGCGCGACGAGCACGUGGUCGCAAUCUGCUAUGUUGAGCAGCAGCAGCGCCACAUAUGGUGAAGACGGGAGCUUGAAGAUGCGAACGCCCAUGCAGUCAUCGACCGCGGAGACCGUAGACGCUCACCCACAUUCAAAAAAUCCAGCGCACUCCAACCUUCAGUACUUCUUCGCCUACGGAAUACACGCCGCGCAAGACGUCAUUCACGACCAUGCGGAAGUCGUAUUCGUUUCCCUUAUCUUCGUCGUCAUCGCGGUGGUUGUGUUUCUACUCCUCUACGCUGUGCGCCAUCCAAGCCUCAGGGCCAAACGCGUGGGCUGGUUUUCGACCCGUUUUUGCGGCACACGAUCUUCCCCCGACGAUGGCGACAUCAGUGAAAAUGAAACAGCUUCGCCCCGCAACUUCGUGGAUGUCGAAAGAGGGGAGCGCGGUGCCUCGAUGACCGAAUCUCCGGGAAAGGACCGAGACCAGCAGGAGCAACUGUCCGCACAGACGCAGCCAGCGGAACGGCAAAUACUGUCGCCUGCCGGAGCGACGGUCGGCUACGGGACGUUGGACCAGAAGAGCGCUGAGCAAGCCCAACGUGAUAAGUCUAACAAACCGGCGCAGAAAGUAGCACUGGAUGACGAAGAUGUAGCUUCCUCACCUCCCCGCUCUUCUCAGAAUGUGUGACCUCCGGUCCUGCGCCUGCCCGCUCGUCCGUUUUGUGAACGAGACAUGUCAAAGUGUGUCGCCUAGCACCAGCAGGGAACCAGUGGACGUCGAUAAGUACUUACUUAUGAAUUUCUAUAUCCGAUAACAGAGAGCGCAAUGAAACUUUUUCUUUUUGUGCGCACCGAGGUUGCGAGGGUUCUACACUGCUGGCUCUUUGUUUUUUAACACCUCCCGCGGAAACGAAAUGGCCGCCAAUGUCGUACGUACCACGCGUUCCUUUUCCAAUUACGAUGCGGCUCUGGGUGUGACGGCAUCCUAGCGGCUGCCACAUGACAAGCGACGCACUUCAGGCGGCAAAAGCGGCACUGCGUGCUACCCUUCAAGGCGCCCAGCGCCCCAGAUUCUAGUUGUUUUGUGUGCCCAGACAGAGGCACCAAACUCGCGGCCAGAAAUCUAACCAAAACGCCAAGCCGCCUGCCAUGACUCGGCGUCAGCAUGGCGCGGCCACAAGAGCAACAGGGGUCUGAUUUAUUCCGCGGCGUCUGGUGAUGUCGGCUGCUUUUCAAAAUUAAUUUAGCACUCUCGGGUGGAGGAAAAAAAAAGGCGCAGCCCGCCCAAGACGACCGGUAGCGUAUGAUACGCUACUGGGCGUCUUGGCCGGGCCGUAGCAUGCGCCAUGGAUUCUUGAUUUUCAUCGUUAGCCCCCACGCCCUGCCUGCAGAGCAACGUCUUUGCCAACGAAGGCGUUGUGGACAACAAAGGCAGUGCUUCUAGUGCAAACACUUGGAAAGCGCCUGCGCCCAGACAAAAGAGCCAGAGUGGGCGCACUCUCCUAGCAGUGGUUUGCAUAGUUUCCAUGGUCAGAACUAUAAUGACUAGGAGUGUUAAGCAAUAAAUACCGAAAGAGACCACUCAGAGAAGCGCAGUGAUAUCAACCUGGGGAAGGCGACGCGUUUACGUGCCUCGAAAUGGGCUAGACGGCACACGGACGGCUGGCCCACCUACACAACGGAGGAAGUAAUAUCUGAGGCGCGAAGGUCGCGAUAGGUAGCGCUCAAAGUCAGCUAGUCAAUCUCUCAAAGUCAAGGAGUUUAAUAACCUAAAACGAAAAAAGAUAGACUCAGCAACAGCUGCGUAAGACAGAUCGUCUACGAUCUGAAUCACACUAGGAAAAGACAGCUAAAAAGUAAGAAACACACAAAAACAAAAAACCUUCUCUGCGCGUUGCAGCAAGCAGUAACUUUUAGAAUUUCAGCUGGUCUUCGACAACAGCUGCAAGACUUGAUUUUCAGCUUCCGCUUUCGCUUUUUUUCAAAAAAAAACUUUACGUGAGGAGAAAGCAAAACAUUUUUAAGAAGUUCAACGUGGCCAUCCACAACAAACAAACAAGAUAACUCAGAAACAAUCCCAAGGAUGAAUAUCACAACAACACACCUCGUCGUGGUGGUCCAUGAAUUCGCAAAUGCAUAUCAUUUGUGUAAAGCUGAA